AUGGUUGGACCGGGGAGACGGGGCAGAGGUCAGGUAGUACGGAGGAGAAGUGAGAUGGCACGGGGCAAAGGUGCUCGACGUUAUGAUACUCGCACGACAAUCUUCUCACCAGAAGGUCGCCUUUAUCAAGUGGAGUAUGCAAUGGAGGCUAUAUCUCAUGCGGGUACUUGUCUUGGUAUUUUAGCCUCUGAUGGUAUCCUUAUUGCAGCUGAGAAACGGAACGUACAUAAGUUGCUUGACGAUGAAGUUUUAACUGAAAAAAUCUAUCGGUUAGCGGAUAACAUUGCUUGUACAGUUGCGGGGAUUACAGCUGAUGCCAACAUUUUGAUCAACCAUCUGAGAUUUUGGGCAGCGGAUUAUAAGUAUAGUUAUGGUGAGCAUAUUCCAGUUGAGCAAUUGGUGCAGAUGCUUUGCAACGAGAAGCAGCGCUAUACACAAGUUGGAGGGAAGCGCCCAUUUGGAGUUUCAUUGCUGUACAUGGGAUGGGAUCAGCAUUUUGGUUAUCAACUUUAUCAGUCUGAUCCGAGUGGCAACUACACUGGUUGGAAAGCAACAUGCAUAGGGAAUAAUCAUCAGGCUGCCGUAUCAUUGCUGAAGCAGGAAUAUAAAUCACCCGAUCUGAUUGAAGCUAAGAAAUUAGCUAUGAAGGUCUUAUCGAAAACUUUAGAUGUAAAAUUAUCGGCGGAAAAAAUUGAAAUGGCAACACUAACACGACGUAAUGAUAAAACGAUUGUGGAGAAUCUGACCAGUGCUGAGGUCUCACAGUUGAUUAAAGAACAUGAAGAAAAAGAAAAAGAACAGGAAGCGCAACAGCUUGCUUAG